AUAAAAAAAUUGAAUAAGGGGUUUAGCGUUUUAAUUAUUCAGAAAAGUAGGUAAAAUGAUUUUGAAGAACAAUUUGUUAUUUUGUUUUGAGUAAGUUAGCGCAUAGCAGUAGUAAGCGCUACAACCAAGGGUCGAGGAAAAUUGGGAAAAUGAAGUGAUUUUCAUCAAUUGAGUUUGUAUAGAAGAUGGAUUCAGUGAAUGCGAGGGUUAGGGAUUUCAUAGCGAAGGAAGUUCCCAACUGGAACGACGAAAUGGUCGCCGUUGCUCGAUUCAAAGCCUUUUCCGGUCAAAGAUGUGAUUGGCAACCCAAUUUCCUUUUCUGGAGGCAUUUGAUCAUCAAAAUCGCCACCCAUUUUGGCCUCCUCCUCAUUCGACCGUCCCAGGUCAAGAAUGAUUGGUUUAAUCGAGGAGGGUUAACCCCUUUGUGUCUUGACCAAGUAAUGUCUCUAAUGUAUAAUGAAGGUGACAUCACAAGAACUGUGGAUCUUAUGGAUCCAACCAGUGGCCGAUUCUCCCAACUAGUUAGAAAAGUCAGCAACUUAAUAACAAGAUCAGCAACUCCUGAUAUUAUGGCUGAAGAAUGCAUUAUCGUAACUUCUCUGCUUAAGGAUAAGGCUGCUGAGGUUGUUAAACAUCUAUCUGAAAGUCACUGGAAUUCAUCUUGCAUCAUCACGAUGAAGAAAUUUCAGGACAUAUGUGGAGGGUCAGAUGAAGCAUCUGUAAUCUUGAGGUAUAUGUCAGGGUGUAAAACAACACAGUAUCUGUCAGUGCAUAAGAAAGAAUUUGUAGAGGGGGUAAAAAUUUCUCUGUCAGCAGGAGCAUUAUCUGGUAUCUCUGAUUUAGAUUGUGAUAUACUAUACUUGAUAUGGACAACUGAGAAGCUUCAGCAACAACUGAAUGUGACUGACAGGCGUUAUGAAUCGUCAAGAAAAUCAGCAUUGGCUUCUCUACGUUCUGGGAACAAAAAAUUGGCCCUUAAAUUUGCAAGGGAAAUGAAGUUAGUCACCCAGAGUAGAGAAAAAUGUUCAUCGCUUCUGAGCAGAGUAGAGGAAGUACUUGGCAUUAUUGCUGAUGCUGAGUCAACAAAAAAGGUUUCUGAAGCUAUGCAGAUUGGAGCUCGGGCUAUUAAAGAAAAUAAGAUCAGUGUGGAAGAUGUUGAUCUUUGUUUAAGAGAUAUCCAAGAGAGCAUUGAUUCGCAGAAGGAAGUUGAAAAGUCACUAGAACAAACUCCAUCAUACACAGAUAUCGAGGAUGAAGAUAUUGAAGAGGAAUUCAAGGAGUUGGAGCUGGCUGUGGGGACAGAGGCUCAAGUUCCCGCACCAGAGAAGACGAUUAGUAGUGCAGAAGGAAGAACUGCUUUGGAAGCCGCUGAAUGUAUUAGCGAUGCUCUUUCAAGUCUCAAGCUUUCAGAUGGUCCAGCUGGGAAGCCAGGAGUUAAUCGGGUGGUGUCAGAGGGAGACAAAAUAACAAAAAAUUUAGAAAUGGAGGCUGCGUAAGUUUGUAAAGAUUAAAGUUAUUCUGCUUUAUUUCGGGUGAUAUAUAGACAUUAGGUAAGAUGUAUUUGAGGUGUAGAAAAUUCAUUUUUCAAAAAAAAUAAAAAUAAAAAAAAAUCUCGAUUGACCCAUGUUGAACCAAGUCCGCUGUAGAGUUUGGGUGCUUUAGCAGAUAUUGCUUUUCACAAACAUUAAAACAAACUUAAAAUGUGUAGUUAGAAACUUCGACUUAUUUGUAAGUGUUUAGGUGGUAGGAUUUUAUUUAUUUUUGGCUACCACGGUCAAGUAACUCAACCCAAUGUGAAAUAAACUAUUCAAAUGGUGAAGCUGGCAAAGGGUACAAUUUACGAAAGAAAUUAUUGAAAUCAAUCCAUAUAUGCUUGUG